AUGAAGCUUAAUAGUGGCAUGAACGGCGGUGCGAUGGGCUUUGCAAAAGAACUUGCCCGAUUGGGAGAUUUUCCCGGUCAUAGACCGCCACCAGGGCAGGGUGAAAACGUUGGUGUGCAAUGUCGUAGCGGCAGUGAUGCAGAUUUAGUAAAGGCAGUUGUCGAGUCAUGGUAGGUUGAUAAUAUAUAGAUUUAGCCAAGACCAAAAGCGAAGCCCCUGUCUUUCUGAAGUGUUUUCUGAGCCUUGAAUAUCAUAACUACAAUUGUAGCUUGCGGAGAACUUUAAAAAAAAACGUCACCUCAAUGAUUUGUAUACUUGAGCCCGCGAUACAGCCAAGUGACACUGGUCAUCGGUUACCCUAUUUUGACCGCUGUCAAUUGAUCAUAACAUGGACAUCUAUUAUCCAAUAUCAAGUUAAACACAAUUUGUAAAUGCCUCGGUUUUUUCAGAUAGCAAGACAUUUCACAACUGCUUACAUGACGGGGCGGACGUACGUACGGACAAUUUUGUCGGAACCAAAAUUUCUUGAGUGCGUAGAUAACCAAUAGUUGUUUAGUUGAGUAUAUUUGCAAUCAAUGAAACAGACGAAACAAAAUUUACAUAACAACAACAAAACUAUAUUUAUCCACUGAGUUUGCUUCAUUAUGGUAAAUUAGGCUACGAGUAGUUCUUAUCUUCUUAGAGUGAGUGUGAAAAAAAAAAGAGGAAGUACCGGCAUGUGAGGUCUGUCCUCGGAGAGUGGAUUUCACACAUGCUUGCCGCGUUUUUGCGUGAUUUUACAUGCCAUGUCCGCCGUACGACGUCUUUCCAGGCCUUACUCAGUCCAUACUUAUUGGUGACGUAUCCAAAACGAACAAUCGGAAACUCGCUUGGAUCACGUGACGCGAAACGCAUCGGCCGGGCACAACAAUGAGGCCUAAAUAUUAGGCAAGCUCUUUACUACCCAUUUGGGAAAUAUGGAACUACUCUUGCUUAGUCCUUCACAGUAAUCUAUUCAGUCGUACCCGAGACACAGUGGUCGGAGAACUAGUCGCACGGACCACGUGACCACUUGUAGUCUUCGUUAAGUCCUUCUUCAUAAGCAAUUACUUUUUCAGGUAUAAAGAGGCUUGUGCCUACUUCAAGUGUCCACAAUUUUCAGGGGUGACUGGACACUUUACUCAGUUGGUUUGGAAGGAAAGCACAGAGCUUGGUAUUGGAUUCGCGAGAGGAACAUUCAAAGGUUUUAAGGAUUGCCUGUGGGUGGUUGGUCGCUACAGGAAAGCUGGGAACGUGAUGGGACAACUCUUUCAAAAUGUAGUCAAAGGGAGCUUUAAUUGUGGAGACGUCUGCCGAAAGUAG